AUGGUGCCUGGGCCUAUGUAUUUUGUACAGAGAACUGCUGCCCUGGGGUGCCAGUCAAGCUGCCACACCGGACAAACCAGCCGCGCUGGCGACCUGUGGGGCUCCUCCACUUGGGAAUCUCCUGAAGUCCAGCAAGAUGAUGAUCAGCUUGAAAAUAACCAGAAAUCUCAAAACAAAUUCCUCAGGGAAGUUGUGGUCAAGAAGAAAACUCAGGCUGAGAAGAAUGCCGGUGACUGUGGUUCACUGGGGAAAAGAAAUAAUUUGCAUACAAAACAUGUUCCUUCAAAGAAAAGGCUUCUUAAAUUUGAGUCACAUGGAAAAGUUUUGAAACAGAAUUUAGAUUUACCUGAUAACUCAAGAAAUCGUGUAAAAAGGAAAUCUGAUGCAGCUAAAGAACACAAGAAGACAUUCAACCAUAGCUUAUGUGAUACAAGGAAAGGCAAAAAGCAAGCUGGAAAGAAACAUGAGAAAUUAUCCAGCCAUAGCUCAUCUGAUAAGUGUAACAAAACUGGCAAAAAACAUGAGAAAUUAUGCUGUGAUAGCUCAUCCCAUACUAAACAGGAUAAAAUUCAAACUGGAGAGCAACAUGAGAAAUCAUCCAGCCUUAGCUCAUCUACUAAGCAUGAAAAACCUCAAGCCUGUGUGAAACCCUAUGAAUGUAAUCAGUGUGGUAAGGUUCUUAGCCAUAAACAAGGACUCAUUGACCAUCAGAGAAUUCAUACUGGGGAGAAACCAUAUGAAUGUAAUGAAUGUGGGAUAGCCUUUAGCCAAAAAUCACAUCUUGUCGUACAUCAGAGAACUCACACUGGAGAAAAACCAUAUGAAUGUAUUCAGUGUGGCAAAGCCCAUGGUCAUAAACAUGCACUCACUGACCAUCUAAGAAUUCAUACUGGAGAAAAGCCUUAUGAAUGUGCUGAAUGUGGGAAAACCUUCAGACACAGCUCAAACCUUAUUCAACAUGUGAGAUCUCACACAGGUGAGAAGCCAUAUGAAUGUAAGGAAUGUGGGAAGUCCUUUAGGUAUAACUCAUCUCUUACUGAACAUGUGAGAACACAUACAGGUGAAAUACCUUACGAAUGCAAUGAAUGUGGAAAAGCCUUUAAGUAUAGCUCAUCCCUUACUAAACACAUGAGAAUUCAUACUGGUGAGAAACCCUUUGAAUGUAAUGAAUGUGGGAAAGCUUUCAGCAAGAAGUCACAUCUCAUUAUACAUCAAAGAACACAUACUAAGGAGAAACCUUAUAAAUGUAAUGAGUGUGGAAAAGCCUUUGGACAUAGCUCAUCUCUUACUUACCAUAUGAGAACUCAUACAGGUGAAAGUCCCUUUGAAUGUAAUCAAUGUGGGAAAGCAUUUAAACAAAUUGAAGGCCUUACUCAACAUCAGAGAAUUCACACUGGAGAGAAGCCCUAUGAGUGUAACGAAUGUGGGAAAACCUUUUGCCAAAAGUCUCACCUUAUUGUACAUCAGAGAACUCAUACUGGGGAGAAACCUUAUGAAUGUAAUGAAUGUGAAAAGGCCUUCAGUGCAAAGUCACAACUUGUUAUACAUCAGCGAUCCCACACUGGAGAGAAACCCUAUGAAUGUAAUGAAUGUGGGAAAGCUUUCAAACAAAAUGCAUCCCUAACCAAACAUGUGAAAACUCAUUCAGAAAAGAAAUCCCAUGAGUGAAGAUAAUGUGGGAAAUUUGUUAACUAAAUUGAAGGUUUUGUUGAACCUUGGAAACAUGCUGAAUUUAAAGAGUGUUAGAAAGCCUGUAGCAAAAUGUCACACCGUGUUAUACAUGACAAAAUGUGAAAAUGGAUUUUCAUAUAGAAUCUGGAUGGAAACAAGGGUUUAAACUUGAUACAAAACCUUUUAUGAAAACUAUUGCUUUAACAACACUCAAUUAUUAUAAAUGAUCUACAUGUUCAGAUAGAAAUUGAAAGCUUUAAAAAUUGUGAAUAAUUUGAAUAUUCAAAGCAAAGGAGGAACAAGUUAUAUAUGCUGAUAAUUCCUGUGUUCUUCUUUUGUACUUAAGCACCAUAUACUAGAGUUGAAUUUGCAUAUCUGUUUAUCACCUUAUGUAAAUGAAUGUGGCCAUUUGUAUAAGCCCCUUUGGCAUUUUUACCCACCUCUUUCUUAAUGUCUGCGUUGGCUUCUGCAUCAGCAGAAAUCUUUUAAAAGGGUUGUUAUUUAUGUAAAAAUGUUAACAGGAAAAUGAGAGAAAAUAAAUCAGCUGAGGAUACAAAUGUGCUGGUUGGGAGUGAUAUUCAAGAUAUAUUGUGAAGUGUGAAAAAGCAGGUUGCUGAACCAUGUAUAUAGUAUGUUCCCCUUUGUGUACAAAAGGGUGUGUUUGUUUAACCUCUGUCUCUUAUUUCUGUAUGGUAUGUAUCUUUGUAUGCAUAUAUACAUGUAUUUGUAUGUCAAUAGACUUUGAAAAAAUAUAGAAUAAACUUCAUGGUGGUUGCCAUUGGGCACAGGAGUAUAGGAUUGUGGUCUGGGAUAGGAGCAAAACUUCCUUGUAUAUUUGAAUUUUUCAAAUCAUGCACAUGUAUUAUUUUUAUAAUUAAAGUAUUUUAAUAUGCAUAGAUCAACAUUAUUUAAAGUUGUCACUGAGCCCCUCCACAAUGUUAAACAAAGUUAAAAUCUUUUUAUGCUUAUUCAUGAAUGAUGAUGAAUCUAAAGUAUGUAGUAUUAAACUUGAUGUUGAAUUCAUAAAGACUUUUUCUAUCAAA